ACUGGCGGCAGCCUCUUGUUCUUCUUUGCACUCGAGCAUCAUUAACUUAGCGCCAAAAAAAAAAAAAAAAAACCCUGCAAUUUAAAGUGUAUUGGUUCGAUUAGGUUUGAUCUUCUCCAUAUUCCUUCAUUGUUGGUUUUGGUCCCUUUGCUGUAUCUUAGCAAGUGGAGAUCUAUUUCCUUAUACCUGCAAACUGUUCGAUAAAAUUCCCCACCGAGGAAAGUAACUUGAAUCAGUUUCUACCAACUGCGUUAAUGUUCUGUAGACGACCCCGAACAGUGUCACACCUACACCAGAUAUUCACACGAAGCUAUGCUCCUGCAUUGCACUCUACUGGGUCAAGUUUCCUCGUUGAGCCACCAAGGAAGCUUAAGAAGAACCCCGACAAGAAGCCAUGGGUGACUGACAUUAAUGAGCUCAAGCGCAAAUCAAGAUUGGAAAAACAAGAGAGAAGAGUGGUCAGCGAGUCAACUUUGAAACCUCCGGAAAACGGGUUAUUGGUUAAAGAAUUAAUCCCAAUUGCUCACAAUGUUUUAGCCGCUAGAACCCAAUUAUUAUCUUCCGUCUCGAGAGUUUCCGAAAUCAUCCCAAUUUACGUUUGCAGUGUUUGUAGAGAAGUGCAUGUAGGUGAUCCACCACAUGAGAUCAAAACAUGUAGUGUGAGAGGUAAGAGUAAAGAGCAUGCAUGGGAGAGAGGGGGAAUGGAUAAUAUAUUACCAGUUGUGGAAUCUUUUCAUCUGUACGAUAGAUUGGGAAGAGCUGUUUCACACAACGAGCGUUUAGAAGUCGACCGAAUUCCAGCCCUAGUUGAACUAUGUAUUCAGGCAGGCGUGGAAAACCCCGAGUACCCAACAAGAAGACGCGAUUUCCCCAUUUAUCGUGUCGCUGGAAAGAUAAUUGAUUUCGAGAAGAGGUUUCCCAAAAACGACUUUUCGGGACAGAGUAUAAAUGCCUCUGGCUUUUGGGAGAUGAAGAAAAGGUCUAAUGAAGACCAAGAACCGCUGAUCUUGCCAUAUAAUGAUCUCAAAGGUUUUGCGGAACAAGGAAUGAAAGCAUACGAAAACUUGCAUAUCGGAGUCGAAAAAAUAAUGAAGAAGUACGCAGUGCAAACGUGUGGGUACUGUAGUGAGGUGCAAGUGGGGCCCAAAGGGCACAGGGUGAGGCAAUGUCAGGCAUUCAAGCAUCAAAUGAGGGGCGGCCAGCACGGUUGGCAAGAAGCAACAAUCGAUGAUCUUUUUCCUCCCGUUUAUGUUUGGCAUGUCCGAAAUAAAAAUGAUUCUUUUCUUAUAGAUGCUUUGAAGAGGUACUACGGGAAGUUGCCUGCGUUGGUUGAACUGUUUGCACAAGCUGGAGCUACAGUGGGAGAAGAUUAUCGGGCUAUGAUGAGAGAAGAUGUUGUCGUGCCUGGAUUGGACGAAGACAAGUUUGUUGCUUGAUCGGAACAGGUAAAUAUUCUUAAACCUUUGUGUCGUGUAUAAUUUUUUUUAGUGGCGUUUGAAAUUGGAAUCAGUGUUUUUGAGCUUCUCGUAAAACUACGAUGGCGUGUAUGUUGAAGAAAAUGGAAAAUGAAUGCAGUUUUUUCGUUGUUUUGAAUCCAA